AUGAACAAGUAUUUAUAUAAAAAUGACUAUCUGCUGUGCCACUAUCUUAAGUGUAUCUUUGAGGUUGUUAUCAUUUUCCCAGUGUGUAUCCUGUCACCUUUAACUGCAUAUUUUACACAUUGUACUUCCAUAUCUUUACAGAUCACCACACCUGCAGUAGACGAGUAUCUGUCAGUAGGCGAAUACGUACUCAUUCGAUUAAUAAAAAACAGGAGCACACUAAAACCUAAAAGUUGCCUGAUCCAUCUCAGUUAUUGUCAACUGGAUAAGUAUUCGUCUAUAAGUAUUAAGUCACUCAUAUGCGUUAAGCAACAUAAACAAACGGAUUAUCCGACACUAAAGGUCGCCCAUCCCAUUAACCAAGGUUUACUGGAUUUAGAGGAACAUCUAGGUGGGAUCUACGACUAUGACCUUUUGACCACAGGACGCAUAAUUUGCAGUAUUAUUUGA